UCCUGUUCAUUCUGCGCUAGACAGGUUUCCCUCCGGAUUCCCUCAGAGGAUAAACCAUAAAAUCGAUUUGCUUUGAAUGUUUUCGUCCUGUUUAUGAAUUUUCUGGAUUAUACUGUGGGACUCUACAAGGCAGUGAUGCACAGUUGAGGCAUUUCUGUCCCGUGGGAACGUUUUUCCAGUGGUUUUACGCACCGUUCCUGUCACGCCAUGGCGAAGACCUUUUCACUUCUUUCUCUCAUAGGCUUGAUUUUUGGAGUCUGCUGGGUGGCAGCUAGGGAGCACAGGUUUGUACCUGACUCUCCAGUGCUGAACAUCACAGAUAAGACAUACAAAAUCAACACAUCCGAUACGUUGGAGAUUACCUGCAGAGGACGUCAGAUUUUGGAAUGGUACACUCCUUACAGCCGGAAUGUCACCGAAAGCAGAAUUAUAACGUCAGACUGUAGUGGGGACGGAUUGUUCUGUAGCACCAUCACGCUCACUGGGGCAAUGGGAAAUGAGACAGGAGAGUAUCGCUGUUCCUACAGAAACCUGCCUGUGGAGGAAGGGAAGACCUCCGUGUCAGUGUACGUCUUUGUGCAAGAUUACCGCAUGCCUUUUCUCCGGUUAUCGCAACACUUUGAGGUGGUGUUUAUUCAAAAAGAAGAGCAAGUGGUCAUUCCCUGCCUGGGCUCCUUGGAGGACCUCAACGUCACUCUGUACAUGAAUUAUCCAGUGAAGGAAGUAGUCCCUGAUGGAAAGGACGUGUUCUGGGACAGCAGAAGAGGUUUCGUGCUCCCGAGUCAUGUGAUUAGCUAUGCUGGUGUAGGCUACUGCCAAACUCACAUCCAGGAUGAAACCUUCCAGUCCAUGACUUACGUUCUGGCUGUCAUAGGAACUAAAAUCUAUGACCUCAGAGUGAGUCCUGUUCACGAGAAGCGGGCGGAUGGGGAGAAGGUGGAGUUCAACUGCACUGCAGUCACAGAACUUAAUGUUGCUCUGCAGUUCCAGUGGAGUUUCCCUCAGGACAAGAGAAAUCCCAACCAAUCCACAAGAAGGCGUUAUGAAACUAAGCCCCACAAGAGGAAGCUGUUUGACUCUCUGGAACUGACGGACACACUAAUUUUGGAGAAUGUUACAAUCAAUGACACAGGGGAAUACGUCUGCACAGCAUCCAGCAGUAAGAUGGUCAAAAGUAGCCGUGCAUCCCUUAUAGUUUAUGAAAAGCCUUUCCUUGUGCUUCAUGAUCAGUCAUUUCAAACGGUGGAUGUAAAAAAAGGUCAGCGAGAAGCCAAGAUCUCUGUUAAAUACUACGCUUAUCCAGAACCUAAUGCAAAGUGGUACAAAAAUGGCCAGUCUAUCACCAGUGAGGAAUACAGGAUAAAGCCAUCCAGAGAUUCUAUCACUAUAUAUGAGGUCACAGAAAAAGAUGCUGGGAAUUACACUGUGGUCAUGACCAAUAAAAUCACCAGAGAAGUGCACAGCCGUACAUUUCAGCUACUGGUCAAUGCUCAUCCUAAGAUCUUUGAGAAGGAGGUGCCUUUCGAUCGAAAUAUUCACAUGUUUGGCAGCAGCCCAACUCUCACCUGUACUGCUUUUGGUGGCUCCAGUCCUGUCUCUAUCCAGUGGCAGUGGAUGCCCAUUGAGGACUGUCCAGCUAAAUUUCAGCCCAGAUCAGAUCACAGUGCAGCGUGUGAAGGGAAAUGGAGGGAGAUUUCGAACAACACUGGGACAAACCACUUUGGCCAGCCCACCAGCUUCAUUGACAGUUCACUUAAGACUGUUAGCACGCUGAAGAUCCAGAAAGCUGUAGCUCAUGCACUGUUUCGAUGCAUUGCCUCCAACAAAGUGGGAGAGGAGGACAGAGUCAUUAUAUUUCAAGUAGCACGUUUCCUCAAUCUGAGUGUUUUCCCCUCCAGCGUCCCUAUAGAGGAGGAGGACGUGUUGUUGCGCUGUGUAGCCGACCGCGCGCUGUACUCCAGCCUGAGCUGGUAUAGAGUGCAGAACGUGUCUAACCCGACCAAACUGCCUACCACCGUGCCUUGUUCCAGCCUCAGUCUGUCUCCCCUCAGCCAGCCCAAUGCCACUGUCUCAGGCCUGCAGGGUCCUAACGUCACCCUGGACCUGUCUUUACCCAGGGUGAGCUGGCAGGACCAGGGUUGGUACACUUGCCGCAUGGAGAACGCUGACAGCAGUGAGAGAACCUGCCUGCUACACAACCUGCGUCUCAGGGCUCUUGAAGCUCCAAGAAUUGUGAACAACUUGAGUGAUCAGAGGGUGAACGUGAGCGAUUCUACCAUACUGGAAUGUGACGCAAGGGGCACACCGACCCCCGUCAUUACCUGGUCAAAAGACAACCAGACUGUCGUUAAAGGAUCUGGUAUCAUUCUGGGUUCAUCGAAUCGCGUUCUGACCAUCCAGAGAGUAAAGAAAGAGGACAGCGGUCUGUAUACCUGCACAGCCUGCAACAAACAGGGCUGUAGCUCCAUCCAGGCUCAGCUUACAGUGGAGGGCGCAGAAGAGAAGAUGAAUGUGGAGCUGAUUGUGCCAAUUGGUGCUGUGGUUAUCGCCAUGUUCUUCUGGCUGCUCAUUGUCUUUGUCAUACGCAACAGAAAACGGCCCACUGACGGAGAUAUGAAGACGGGCUACCUUUCAAUUAUCUUAGACACAGAAGACAUGCCAAUGGACGAGAACUGUGAGAGACUCACCUACGAUGCCAGCAAGUGGGAGUUUCCACGUGAACGGCUUAAACUAGGGGACCCGCUGGGGCGAGGAGCAUUUGGUCAGGUUUUGGAGGCGGCCGCAUUCGGCAUUGAAAAGGCCACCACCUGCACAACAGUAGCUGUGAAGAUGCUGAAGGAGGGUGCUACCUCCAGUGAGUACCGUGCCUUGAUGUCCGAGUUGAAGAUUCUUAUCCAUAUUGGUCACCAUCUCAAUGUGGUUAAUUUGCUAGGUGCUUGCACCAAACCAGGUGGUCCACUGAUGGUAAUAGUGGAAUACUGUAAGCAUGGAAACCUUUCCAGUUAUCUGAAGAGUAAGCGUGGAGAAUAUAGCCCCUUUAAGAAGCACAGGCCUCAGCUGAUGGAGGAUAAAGCUGGUGGAACGGAGGUGGACCUGAACGAAGGGGAUCUGGGGAUGGGGACUACUGCUCGAUUGGAUAUCUGCACUGGCACUGCCAUCUGCUCUGGGCUGAGAAGUGAGUGGAGCGCCAAUCUUCAACAAGAUAAGCAAGAAAGCUCAGACUGGGAUCAGUUGACUAUGGAGGAUCUCAUCAGCUAUAGCUUUCAAGUAGCCAAAGGAAUGGAGUUCCUCUCCUCUCGAAAGUGCAUUCACCGGGAUUUGGCAGCUAGGAACAUUCUUCUUUCUGAGAAUAACACUGUGAAGAUCUGUGACUUCGGCCUGGCCAGAGACGUGUAUAAAGACCCAGAUUAUGUUCGCAAAGGAGAUGCACGUCUCCCUCUGAAGUGGAUGGCUCCAGAAACAAUCUUCGACCGUGUUUAUACAACACAGAGUGACGUUUGGUCUUUUGGGGUACUACUUUGGGAGAUCUUCUCUUUGGGUGCAUCUCCAUAUCCAGGAGUGAAUAUUGAUGAGUCGUUCUGCAGGAGGCUAAAAGACGGUACCAGAAUGAGACCGCCUGACUAUGCCACCCCUGAGAUCUAUCAGACCAUGUUGGACUGCUGGAUGGAUCAUCCAAAGAACAGACCCACAUUCACAGAACUUGUGGAACAUCUGGGCAACUUGCUACUGGCCAGCGCUCAACAGGAUGGUAAAGACUAUAUUCCACUGACGAUGGGAGAUGUGGAGGGGGGAUCAGGAGUCCCACAGCUCAGAGUGACGUCAUAUAUCAACGCACCAAGUGCAAAAAGCAAAGAGACCCAGGUUAACUAUGAUAAUGCUCCAACAGUGAGAUAUGCACAGCAUAAAUUUGAAGACAUUUCACUGGAACAGAGUGCCAUAAUGAAUGGCCCGAUGGACUGUGGUGUGGGAUUAUCACAUGAUGAGAUGAAGGUGCUCAAUCAUCAGGCACAGAGGAUGGCCAAAUUCAGCCCCCUGCUACGAUGUAAGAGUAAGGAAUCCGUGGCCUCCGAAUCAUCCAAUCAAACCAGCGGUUACCAGUCCGGCUACCACUCGGAUGACACAGAGGCGCCUGUGUAUGCCAAUGAAGAGAUGAUAAUAAAGAGGGACGCUUUGAAGAAACCACCGUUAGCCAAAAGGGACGACAAGUUUCAAACAGAGGUCCGCUAUAGCACUCCUCCUGUUUAAUAAGAACCACCCAUAAGCCAACAACUACAUGAUUAAACAAAGUGUUGGUCCAAGUGUUUUUUUUUUUUCUUUGCUUGCCUGGAAAAGCAGAUUCAUGCAAUACUUCUGCUUAUGAUAGGUUGGUGCUUAGACAGGAUUCCAGGCCAUGCUACUGUACACAGCAGUUGUUUUAUCUGAGCACAGCUCUCCUGACAUUCUGGUGAUCACUGGCAGUAUGGCUUUCUCUGUAGUUUUUAUUUAAUAUGAUUUAGUCAGGUACAUUUAUUAAAAUCAGUCAAUCUCCUCAACAUUAAAGUGCUGCGUGUACACACCUGUAAGUGUAUGUCGAGAUUUCAAAUUAUAAUCAUCGAGUAUGGAUAUAAAACACAUAUAGCCUUUCAUAUAGCAGUCAUCUGAUCUCUGUGCAUUAUCUGAUCUGAAACCUGCAAAUCAUUUCAAUUAAUUAACCUGAUUUUAAAGCAAAAUGUAAUUUAUUUCCUGGGUGCAGAUAAGUUGUAUGUGUUUGCUUUGCUGUAAAUGUUUUUGUUGGAAUUUAUUUAAAGGUCAAUGUUUUUUUUUUUUUCCUGUUCGAACCUGAAAGACUGCAGAGCAAGAUAGCUGCUUUUUAAGUCCCCUCCCACUUCCUGUAAAAAGAAAGACACACACUUUUUUUCCGGCAUGUUCUUUUCCUUGCCUCUUGUUCUUCUUUACAUUAUAUUUUUCUUUUUUUCUUUUUUUUUUGGCAUGGAAGAAGAAUAUAUUUUAUGAAACCUGUCUAAAACAUAACUAGU